GCAUCUCAUAUCGCUGGUCCUGGGAAUUGCUUUUUGCAUAACUGCUGUCUAUUUUAGCUAUUCUCCGUUUGUUUCGGAUCGUGUUUCUGUCUAUUCUGCUAUGAGAACAUCAUGGAAAUCAUGGACGAGGCGAGAUUAGCAUCCUUAGAGGAUCUGUGCCUUGAUCAGGUUGUACAUUUUAUCCCUAUCCUUGGGAAUGAAUUACAAGGUCUCUCUCAUGCCCUGUUUAAAUGUCUGCUUCCUCUAUGUGAUGACUAUAGGCUUGCUCUCCUCCAUAACAUAGCAGUCAGUAAAGGUCUUGACAUCCAAACAAUGUGGCGGGAUCGAUGCAGAGCUCGAUUUCUUUGGUUUUACCGUCACAAAUUCAAGUCAAACCUUCAUGAUUCAUUCUGGCAGUGUCAUGCGUGUUUAUCUACAACCCUAAAUGACCCUCAUUCACAGGACGUUGACUGGUAUCAGACGUAUAUGGAUAAGAUUUGUGAAGAGAAUUUAGAAAAAAUACGCACAGAGACAAUCGAGCAAGGCAGGGAAAUCCCAAGAACAAGCGUAGAUGAAGAAACUAAAGCCAUCUUGAAGUAUCCCUUCUGGAGAGAUUCUGAAGACAUCAUUCAAUACAAGCCCCAUCAGCUACUCUUGAACAUCAAGACAGUGAUAGCUUUAACCAGAUCCCCCAGUGCACUUAGCCUACUGGCGCACCAUCUACAUACCCUCAUGUGCAGGGUUCAAAUCCCCACCAAGUACAGGGAACUUGCUACAUCAGCCUUGGAGAGGUUCUUGAGAGCUCUACUUGCCAGGGGGAAUCUGGAGACCAUGUAUCUCAAGGAACAGCAGAUCAUGCGUGGUGAAUCUGUAGACUAUGCCUGCUUGCUGGCCAUGCUGCUGCUGGGAAUAGCGAAUGAUGAAAGGAAGAACAACGAGAAUGCAGAGCAGACUGUUGGUAUGCUUGAAGAAGAAAACUCAUUAGAAAGUCAGGAGACAGCUCUAACCAACAGUCCGCAGAGAACCGAUGAUUUCAGUGAAGACCUGUACGACUUCUGCUUCAAGGAACCGGUGAAGACGGACUUCUACAGUGCAAUGGUGGACACUGAUGCAGACCCUGACGCUGACUCUGCCCAAGCAUGUAUCCCAGUGGCAGGGAAUGUUUAUGAUAUGUUCUGUGAGGAAGGGGCAGCAGGAGAGGAAAGCAUGAACUGCGUGAUGACAUCCAAUGCCAUGCCUGAAGACCUCUGGAGGGAUGAGUGCUGUCACUAUGUGGAUCCAGAAAUCACAUAUUUCCAGCACAUCUUGAAUGUACCUGGUCCUGGACCAUCUCUAGGCCACUCCAUCUCCAACCUAGCCCUGGUCUAUGUUAGACUGAAUGCUGAGAGCUGUACUGCUCUGGCUGACUGUGUAGUCAGAUCCACAUCCUUACAGUCAUUGGCUUUGAUACAGUGUGUGAUGCCAGCCUGUGGUUGGUGUGAGGUCAUGUCUGGGCUUGCCUUGAGGGCACAGAAGGGACUAGUACUUCAAGAACUGGCUCUAACAUUUAGCCAAACUUACAGAACCACACCCAAGUCUAUGUUUGGCCAGUACUGCGCACACAAACUCAAUGAGAUGCUGGAGGCUUAUCACAUACGAAAUCACAAGAUGAAGAGUCUGAAGUUGGAGCUCCUUCUAAGCCAUAAAUGCCAAGCUGCUGAAAACUCAUAUCUCCCCAAGUACCUUCCCAGCACAUCUUGCCUGACACUGAACUGCUGGGGUCGACCUUUGACCUUGGACCACUCCAACUCUCAUCCUCUCCACCAGUUAGUCUCACCUGCAGACCUUGCCUCUGCCAUUCAAAGCAGGGAUUCAGCCCUCACUGACCUCCUACUGGAGAACUCCUCACUUGACACUGUGGAGGUGGAUACUCUGUUAGCUGCUGCAGCAAACUCUCCUAUGCUGAAGAGGUUGAGCGUGAGGAGGAACAGGUAUUCCACAUCUCAACCAAAGGGCCUCCUAGCCUUACUUCAACACUCCGGAAUACGAUCUCUUGAUUUAUGUCAAUGCAAGUUUUCGAUUAAAGAGGGUGACACAGAAUUUCAGGAUGGUCUAGUGGAUGCACUGAUUAACAACUGUAGUCUUCAACACCUCAAUCUCUCAGAUCGUGUACUAGAUGAUGAAGAUCUGGCCAUUCUAAGCAGAGCAUUUGCUGUCUCAAAGCGCCCAAAGCAACAGCCUGGAUACUGCCUUAAUAUCUGUCUUUCUCCCUUUUCAUCGAGGGCCCUUAUGCAAUUUGGUGAGAUGCUUUCCAAGGAUGUUGAUGGUUGUCGUAGUAACAAGAGAGUACAUUCCCUGGAUCAUUUGAGUCUUGACUGGAGAUGUGUUAACAUGAUACGGACAUUGAAGACCAUUAUUCCUCGUGUGACGUGUCCUCACAGAUUGUCCUGAAGCCAUGCCAAGGUUGGACAAUCAUCCUUGAGGUCGCAUGCCCCAGUGUCUUUCAUCGUUGGAAUGGAUGCCUGCGAGGCUGUAUGAUAGUGGUGAUUAUUUUACCUGACAGCUAAGAAAGUAAUAAAUGCGUGUUAGUAAGCAACCAGAACACCGACAGCAUUAGGUCUUCUCCAAGGGACCUGGUAAUGAGGAUUAAUGCCUUACCAAAGGGCACUAGCGCAUCGUCUUGGUUU